GGCGGGCAUCUACGGAUCCGUAUCUAGGAUCUACGUAGUACCUUGUCUAGGGUCCGCCACAAACGUCAGGCAAACAUCGAACCAUCGAGGAACCCUCACAUCAACAAAAUCGAAUGAGAAUAUAGGAGUGCAUCAACUAUGGCCCCAGGGACUGCGACGCCUGGAAGUGAAGGACCACAGGUCCCCAGCAUACCAAACUUGAAAGACCGCAUUCCCAAGCUCGAGCCUCGCCGGCGACGUCAACCUUCAAAUGCACUUCCAGUCCCCGAAACUCCUGCUCUUCCACCGCCCCCCAGCGCAUCCACCCUGUCCUUCAAGGUUCCAAGCCGAAGGAUCCUAUCAACAAGGGACCACGAUCUCUUCCUCUCCUCCCCGACCUAUGACCUCAUCGUCUCAUGGGUCUUCAGCCUCUCCGAGUCCGUGGUAGACACGCCAAUAUCCGCAGUUGCCGAUGAUGAUAUUAGCGAACCCGUCAAGUCACUACUCGCCAUCCUGGACGAGGCAGAGACUCUGUGCAAGGACUCACCUCCAGACGACCAGGCCGGCUCGAGGUUCGGCAACAAGACAUUUCGCCUCUUCCUCGACAAGGUCAAGCAGUGCGCCCCGGCCUGGCACGACCGCCUCGGAGUCAGCAACCCCGAUGCCGUGGCCGAGCUGUCCACCUACCUCAACCACUCCUUCGGGAACCGAUCACGCAUUGACUACGGCUCCGGCCACGAGCUGAACUUCGUCAUCUGGCUGCUGUGCCUCUACCGGCUGUCCGUCGUCGGCCGCCCCGACUUCCGUGCCCUUGUCCUCCGCGUCUUCGCCCGCUACCUCGAGGUCAUGCGCCUGGUCCAGUCCACCUACUACCUCGAGCCUGCCGGCUCGCACGGCGUCUGGGGCCUGGACGACUACCAGUUCCUCCCCUUCCUGUUCGGCGCCAGCCAGCUGCUGCACCACCCCUUCAUCACCCCGCUGGCCAUCCACCAGCAGCUGACGCUGGAGGAGUUCGGCGACGACUACCUAUACCUGGGCCAGGUGGUCUUCGUCAACAGCACCAAGACGGUCCGCGGCCUACGAUGGCACAGCCCGAUGCUGGACGACAUCAGCAGCGCCAAGGGGUGGGGCAAGGUCGAGGGCGGCAUGCGCCGCAUGUUCGCCGCCGAGGUCCUGCGCAAGCUGCCCGUCAUGCAGCACUUCCUCUUCGGCUCGCUCGUCCCAGCCGCCGACGGCAUGAGCGAGCAUAACCCCGCCAACGUCAACGCCGCCGACGCCGACGCCCCGGCGGCGGACGAGUCCGACUCGGACGAGGACGGCGAUGUCGACGUCUUCGACCGCGACGGUGUUAGGCACGUCCACCGGCCCAAGGGCUGGGGCGACUGCUGCGGCAUCAAGGUCCCCAGCAGCAUCGCUGCGGCGGAGGAGAUGCGCAAGCGCGGGGGGGGCCAGCUGAGGAGGAUCCCGUUCGACUAAAGACACUGAGGGGGGUCUGGUGGUUUGAUUGUGUUCAAAUCGAGAGGCAUUUUCGGGAACGAACUUCCACCGUAUGCGGUCACUACGGGUCUAGAUUCCAUAGACAACGAGCCGGCUUAUCUUCCAUUACUGUUGCAGCCCAUCGUGCUACCAGAUGCUGAUAUGGACACUCUUCAAGACCUAGUUGAUACAAGCCCCUCCGCCGUCAGCCAUCAUCUCACUAGAGAAUCGCCUCUGCAGAGACGGAUUAUCGGCCGCCUUGGACGUCAUGUGCCUGCGAACAUAUGAUUUCGUUAUUGGUAUUCGCAGGGAUGUGAGGCGCCUAGGGCGUUCAGAGGUACAAAGGACGAGUAGA